UGUUGUGUUUAUGUUGUGUUACGGUGGGAUGUUCUCCAGAAAUGUGUUUUUCAUUCUUUUUUGGUGUGGGUUCACAGUGUGGCGCAUAUUUGUAAUGUAACAAUGUUAAAGUUGUUUGAUACGGCUACCGUCAGUGUAAGCUGUGUGGCUGAUGAGUAAGUAUGCUUUGCUGUCUCCUGUGUGUGCAAGUAAUAACAACAUGCAACAUGUGGCUGGACUGGCACGCUGUAUGUAAAUGCUAUAGAGGACAAUUACUGCAGUGCAAUUAGGGCAUGCCCUUUAUUUAGUAAUUAGAGUGUAAAUAGGAUUAGUUUUUCCCUGGGAGUAAUCUAUGAGAGACACUGAGAUCCAUAAGUCUCCUGGGAAAAUUGGGGGGGGUCGGCAUGUAUGUAGCUGAGCCGCAUCAGAGUGGUCAAGGAGCCGCAUGCGGCUCCGGAGCCGCGGGUUGCCGACCCCUGCUCUAGGAGACCAGCCCUUAUAACGCAAGAGAGAGAUCUAAAAACAAGACAAAAUAAGUUAACUCUUAAAGUGAGAAGGCAGGCGCGGGACGGAACUGGCUCAAACCUCCCUUUUGAGGCCCUGUCCAAAGCCUCCUUGAAGUUGACAAACCUAUGCCAGUCACAUACUUGUCAACCCUCCCGAAUUUUCCGGGAGACUCCCGAAAUUCAGCGCCUCUCCCGAAAACCUCACGGGACAAAUAUUCUCCCAAAAAUCUUCCGAUUUUCAGCCGGAGCUGGAGGCCACGCCCCCUCUAGCUCCAAGCGGAUCUGAGUGAGGACAGCCUUUUUUCACGUCCGCUUUCCCACGAUAUAAACAGCGUGCCUGCCCAAUCACGCUAUUCCGUACGAGGCGUCCGGCAUACCGCCGAUGAGCAUGGUGCAGAUGGAGAAUAUCUUCUCGGCGUCCGUGUUGGCACACACGUUGCCAAAGCCGACGCUGGUUAGGCUGCUGAGGGUGAAGUAGAGGGCGGCGAUGUACGAGCUGACCGUGUUGUUGACGUAGGGCAUCUCCAGGCGUUUGCCCAGCUCAUGGAGCCAUCCUUGGGGAAGAGACGGGAGGACAACAGGGUGACAAGAACUAAAUCAUCCAGACUAGAGAUAAAUUGUAUUAUUAUGUUUAUCUUACCUAAAAAUAAAUAUAUUUAUUAAUUAAAAAAAAAAAAAAACUAAAUACAUUUUUACUAUAUUUUGCUAAAAACAUCAAAAUUUAUUGUAUUUUUAUUUGUAUUUUUUCUGACUCCUUAUUACAACUAGCCAUAGAAUUAUAAAUUAAAAUAAACACAUUUGAAAUAAUUAAUUUUAAAUGAUCAUAAUAAUUCAUUUAAAAUGACCAUAUUUAAUUAUUAAAAUAAUUGCUUGUUUAUCAACAACUUUGGCAUUUUAUUCAUUACAUUUUGAAGCUCUCAGAAGCCAAGUUAUGUUAUAUUCCUUAAGAUUUAUUUAUGCAAGUUUGAAGUAUCGAUUAUCUAAACACAUUUUUGUUUGCAUAUUUUCAGGAUGUAUAUAUAUAUAUAUAUGAAAUACUUGACUUGGUGAAUUCUAGCUGUAAAUAUACUCCUCCCCUCUUAACCACGCCCCCAACCACCUCCCGAAAUCGGAGGUCUCAAGGUUGGCAAGUAUGGCCAGUCAUCAUGUUGGUGUUGGAGGUAUCUUUCACAUAUGACACUCUCAACGGUAAUCGGUUCCUUCCUGCACCACAUGGAGUAUCUAACUGAUUGGUGGUUUCCAAUGAACGAUAUUGAUUGUUCCGCACCUAAAAAGAACAUGUCCAAGAUGUAACUGGCAGCAUUUUCUUCUGCACUGCAUGGGCUUAUUGGUUUUUUUCCAAAUCCUGUCCAUCACUAACCUGAACCCUAACCAGCUUUAGCAAGACCAAGGGUAAGCCAAUCAGAAUGUAUCUCCUUGCUAUGUCACCUCCUUCCUUGUAUCUAUUUAUAGACCAUGAGCAUGGAAUCAGAAAGAUGGAAGUACAUCUUCAUAGAUACAAGAACAUGGAACUGACCAAAUGGUGAUCGUGUUUGUAGAUGAUUUUAAAAUGCAAUCUGAGGACAUUAGUUGAUGAUUGCACAAGCAGGCGUGAUGCUGACAUAAAAGAGGAGUGGUACUCUUUUAUACUCUAAUAAGAUUAGAGGUCUAAUCCAAGAGAAGACGGAAUAGACCAACACUCUGGUCUUCCGCUGAACCCCAGCAAAGACUUGUUUUUUUCCAUUUGUUCUACUUUUUCAAACCAUCUCCCGUUAUUCCCGGCCUCAACCCGUCAUCGCGAUGAGGUGGACGGCUUUGAGACGGCGCAAUGUCCUCGCGCCACGCCCCGCCCCGCCGGAGAUAAUCUGAGGCGAAUCAAAUCAAGCGAGGCCAAAGGAUUGACUUUCCACAGAGCUGAGGAGGGAGUGGCAACGUCAGAGCUCUGCAGCUUGAUGACACUUCUUUGACUCACCUGGAAGACUCUGCUAUGACUGUAGACGUCAGCCCAAGUGGAGACUCCUAUGUCUGUCCAUGAAAACUCAAGCGGCGGUGCUCUGAUGGAGUUCCUCCGAGCUCCCAGGGCAAAGUACACCAUCAUCGGAGAGGCCAUACGCUACGUUCUACCAGCAGAAAUGCAAUGUUCUAUUGGCUGUGGAGGCCGGCACUGCAAGUACGACAACCCAGACUCCUGGCGUGAAGACCAGCAGGCUAUUCAAGGCCUCUACUCUUCAUGGGUGACAGAUAAUCUCCUUGCUAUGUCCAGACCUUCAACUGAGAUCAUUGAAAAAUACAACAUCAUUGAGCAAUUCAGAAGGCACGGCAUCAAAACGGUGAUCAACCUGCAGAUACCAGGUGAACAUGCCAGCUGUGGAAAUCCUCUGGAGCCAGAAAGCGGCUUCUCCUACAACCCAGAGGCUUUCAUGAGAAACAACAUUUAUUUCUACAACUUUGGCUGGAGUGACUACGGAGUGGCCAACCUGACCACGGUGCUGGACAUGGUGAAGGUGAUGGCCUUCGCACUGCAGGAGGGAAAGGUUUCUGUGCACUGUCACGCUGGUCUUGGAAGAACAGGUAUGCUCUUGGCAUGUUUCCUGGCCUACACCACCAGGAUGACAGCCAACCAGGCUAUCUUGUACGUGAGGGCUAAACGGCCAGGUUCCAUUCAGACGCGGGGUCAGCUAAGCUGCGUACGAGAUUUUGUGCGCUUCCUCUGUCCUUUGAGAUGCGUGUUUUCCUGUGCUGCGCCUCGAUCAGAACCCAUCACCUUGACCCAGUACCUGAACCGCCAGAGACACAUCCUGCAUGGCCUUGAGCGUAAAGAACUGAGGCACCUACCAAAGAUUGUCCAACUGGUGUCCCGCCUGCUGUUGGAUAUUGCAGAGAAUCGCCAAGUGAUUGAGGAGGACAUUCUGGAGGCACCAGACAUCCAUGAUAUUGAGAUGACAAUGAGCAUCAUUGAAAAACUUGGACCAGAGUUUUGCACCAAGGAGCCUCGCCUGCCAGGUUCCCUGACCUUACCCAGACAUUUUAAUGAGCCAGCCAUCUUCUACCAUCGUAAAAGUCUGAGUUACAGUGAGUCUGAUCUGAGACGUCUGGGCUCGCAGCUCAACCUUCUCACGCAGCCUUUGGGCACGCUCUCACAGGGAAAUCUGGCCAGGUCCGUUUCCCCAUCAGAGUCCUUUAAGCCUGCAGAUCAGAGGAAUAGUAACACACCAGACAUCUCCAACAGCUCCGCCGGAUCACUCUGGCAGGUCAAGAACGACAAAAGGGACGGGUCCUUUGUUGUUGAAAAAAUUAAGCAAAAAUCGAUGCAACGCAGCGAGUCCUUCGGAAACAACGGUCCUCUCCAGAAAGGUAGCAGGCUGUCCAGGUUGAAGGCAGAGCAGAGGGAAGAGUUGGCGGAAAAUGGGAAGUCCUGUUGCAAAGAGGAGGAGCAGUCCGAGGUGCCUUUCAUCACCCUGCAGACCGAGUUGUCUCUGGACGCCCGGAGGUUGCUGGUGGCACAGGCCCUGGCAGUCGACCUUUUCCUGGACGGAGAUGAGGAGCAGAGGAACCAAGUCUUAGCCUGGCAGGCAGAGUUGAACCAAGGAGGUGCGUGGGAGAGGUUGUGUAUGGAGCGAGAUCCUUUCAUCCUCACAGGUCUGAUGUGGGCGUGGCUAGAGCAGCUUCAACAACCUAUCAUCUGCCUCCAGGACGCCGAGCGCCUCGACGCUGAAAACGCCGACGCUCAGACUGUUCUCGACACACUUGAGCAGGCUCCCAGAGAAACCCUCGUGUGCAUCUUGGACUGCAUGGCUCACCUGCUGAGCGUACCCGAGCAGGUGGACCUUGCCUUCUUGAAGCGUACGAUCAAAGCGUUCACCUGGAUGGACCACAACGAAGGAGACGUUUACGAGUCCAUGACCGCGGUCCUCAGGUGUGUCCUGGAGGACAUGAGAUCUGCUGCCAGCAACGAAGAAGAGCCACCCAAUGCCUUUUCCUAGUGUCAAUAUUAUUUAUCGACGUGCCUUUUUUCGUGAAAAUAUACAAAAAUGAUCACAUUUUAUGUUCUGCCUUAAUUCUGCAAGAUUACAAUUGAAUAGCAGUUCUCCUGGAAGGUUAGGAGCAGGGCAAAAAGUGCCAAGGAGUGUGUCGACCUCGAAACCAAGCGUGGUCCGACCGAGUGUUGCAGAGCAAUGAGCACAUAAAUGUAAAUAAUUGCACCCUUCCAUCUGAGCCAUACGGAGCCCCUAAAGCAGGGGUCCU